AUGACGCAUUACGACUCUCCUAUGACAAUCACUACUAACGACAACAACAUUGAAGACGACUCAUUUGGAUGCCUCGAGCCAAUCCUCUGUGACAAUUGUUUCCUGAAGUUACAUCGCUUAGCCCAUAGAAGGGCUGAAGUCUCACCUUCUGUUAGGCUCCCCUUAGAGAUUGUGGCAACUGUACUUGAGUUUCUUCCCCAACACCGUGUCCACCCAUUUUUGUCCCUUUCUAAGGGCGUUGACUACAUCGCCAAGCAGAGACUCUUUCAUCAAGUAUACGUUUUAGGACCUGAUGAAGAGCCGUUGCUUCACGACUCGAUUGACGAUCUUAAACACUGGCUGUACUUGUCGCAAUCUCAAUUUCUUCAUUUGAUGCGUAUCAAAUUCAAGUGGCCUGGGGAGAUAACUAUCAUUGAAUCUCCCCGUUGGAACGACCAACUUCUUCACGCUAUUAUAAAUCACUUGAAGCCCGCGAAAGUCAGCUUCAGAAUUACGUCUCCUACAUCAUCUGCUCCACAGGAAUUUUUCGUGAAUUACCGUUCUGUUAUGAGCACUCCCCAUCUCUAUCAGGUCGUUUUAGUUGAAAUUGAAUUGGAAUCAACACCAACCAAAGUCAGAGUGGACAGCCUCGUGAUUGUUGGCAAUGUUAAAGGAAUUAGAGGAUGUUUCGAUAUAUCCGUGGUCAAACAUUUUUCUGUUCGAAACGCGCAACAUGUGGGUGUCGAUAACGUAUUCCACUAUGCACCUGAGUUUAGUACCUUAAGGGAUUUUUGCAUGUUGCCCAACCAAACCUCCGCCCAAUUAAUCUUCUUUGGUUCCCUAAAACCAUAA